AUGGGGAAGGUGGCGGCUGCGGCCGAGCUGGGCGUGCGGGUCCUGCUGCUGGCCGCCUUGGUGGUCACGGAGCUGCUGCCUCCGUUCCAGAGGCGCAUCCAGCCCGAGGAGAUGUGGCUGUACCGGAACCCCUACGUGGAAGCCGAGUACUUCCCCGCGGGGCUGGUGUUUGUCAUCGCCUUCCUGUCCCCGUUGUCCCUCGUCCUACUGGCCAGGCUGCUCGGGAAGGCGGACGGCGCGGACAGCAGGCAGGCCUGCCUGGCUGUCAGCCUGGCCCUGGCUCUCAACGGUGUGGUGACUAACACGGUCAAAGUCAUCGUGGGGAGGCCGCGCCCGGACUUCUUCUACCGCUGCUUCCCCGACGGGCUGGCCCGCGCGGCCUUGGCGUGCACCGGCGACCAGGCCGUGGUGAACGAGGGCCGCAAGAGCUUCCCGAGCGGCCACUCCUCCUUUGCCUUCGCCGGCCUGGCCUUCGCCGCCUUCUACCUGGCAGGGAAGCUGCACUGCUUCACGGCCCGGGGCUGGGGCCAGUCCUGGCGCCUCUGCGCCUUCCUGGCCCCUCUGCUGCUGGCCUCUGCCAUCGCCCUGUCCCGCACCUGCGACUACAAGCACCACUGGCAAGACGUCCUCGUGGGGUCCGUGAUCGGGACAACAUUCGCCUAUGUCUGCUACCGGCAGUACUACCCGCCACUGACACACACACAAUGCCACCGGCCGCUCCAGGACAUGGCAGGACCGCCAGUGGAGCUGAGGCAGCCCAGCGAUGCUCACCGCUUUGAUGUUUAGAAGGGCGCAGCUUCCAUGGAGCCCAGGGCCCGCCUCAGUGCUUUGGAGAUGAUGACACGGUUACAGAAACCAAAUGCAGCUUGCCUACCGCCACCUGGACGGGGCCAUGGGGGCCUGAGAACUGCACGGAGCACCCCAGCUGAAGGCGGCAAGGCAGCCACUGCAGUCUGCAGCCCCGGCACCCCCAGGCCAAAGCUCCCUGACGCUGGGGCUUUUCCUUCCAGAGCCCCCUGCUCAGCCAACGCUGUCUGUUCCCAGAGCCUUUGACAUUCUCAGGGGGCAGGUAUGGAGGGCAAGGAUGCUGACAAAAUGUUUUCAAAAAGGACACACAAUACCAGCUUCACCAAGUACAAGUGGCAGAGAGCUCCAAUUCUGUUUCCUCACAGAGGCACCGCUCAGAGAUUCUGUUUACAAGCAGAACAGCUUGAAAAGACUGGGUAACUUCGGCACUGUUGGCUUUCACAAUCCCAUCCUCAACAUAAGACGAAAAGCUAUCAUCGGAUACUCAAUGCACAGCCUACCUGCAGCCUCCCAACUGGAACCAGGAUCCAGGGACAGGUACACACAGCUAAUGUCCUACCACAGGCACAGACCUGCCCGCUUCGGCCCCCCAGCUGGAAGCACAAGGCCCAAUGCUCUGUGGCAGCUCCUGGGAUGAGCUGUGAGCGAGCACAUGCUGCCAGGAGGCUCCAGUCUAGUCCUCACACAGCACCCACAGGACAGCGACGCGGGCUAAUGAUGCACCCACUUGUCCCUCCCAGAGCCACUCAGAGCGACAGCUCUCGGUGCCCCACAAUGCCUCCGAAAGCUCAGGAACCUGCUUUAAAACUUCAACAUUUCUCUAAACAUAAUUUCCUAGGAAAACUUCUACCCAGCCUUAAACAAGUUAGACUCAGAGCAGACUUCCCAGCACCUCAAGUCCUAAGUAAUGCAGGGUGGCUACAGCGUCUCGGAAGAUGCAGUGCGCCCAACACCAAGCAGAGGAUGGCGAGUUCUCUGCGGCCACAGGAAAAGGUAGCGGGUCAUCCCUCUGCGCUGUUACUCACAUCCAGAGACCCCAGGGGCAGGCGGCAGACAGCAUGCAGGAAAGCAAGCAGCUGAGGAGGGAGGCUGCAGCCACAAACAGUGGGCUUCCGGGAAAGGAUCCCUCGCGGCUGUCUAGGGGAGAGAGGGAGAGAGGGCAGCAGGCAGUCACAGGGAACGCCAAGGUCACACACGCUCCCCAGGGUCUCAUCCCCACGACUGAAGAACAGAAAUCUCAGGAGAGGCUGCUUGGAAUUAAAAUCCUUAAUUGUUGCCAUGGUAACUCUUCAGCUGUAUGAACCUGACUCUGAGCUGAAGUCCUAAAAGUUGGCAGGUGGCAUGAGAGAAUCCUGGCACUGCAAGGGAGCCACCGCACAUGGCCCAGGAACUUCGGAUAAGUGAUGCCUGGAUCCCAGAGACGGCAAGAGAACAGCGCAUCCACAAGGAGCCUGGGAACGCCACGGGGCCUCCCAGCACGGUCACCCAGGGGGACUGCGUGCACACGAACAUGAGCCACUUACCGGAAGCAGUGCCACGGUGCCAGGCGGGUGAAUUCACUGAAAGGGCUGGUCAAGGCAGACGCCCUGGGUCAGGUAGAUCUCCUUGAGGACAAGCAACACCGUGUCUUCAGACUCCCUGGAGGGAGAGAAGAGCACAGACUGCAGAGCUGCCACCUGCCCGAGUCCGUCCUUGUCAGCACAUCUACUGCCCAUCCCAGCUUCCCGACACGGCUGUGACCAGACCGCUCAGCUCUCAGCGGGGAUGCGUGCUGUCAUUUGUCGUCCAUGUGACAUGCACCCAUCCACAGCUGGGAACUUAACUGGGAGAAUAAAGACUACUGCCACACACACAAGGCUCUCGCAGACAUUCCCAAAGCUGGGGACUCCCAGACGCCCAACGGUGAACACGUGCUGGUGCGUCCUCACUCAGCAAUGAGAAGGCACAAGUGGACGACAUACAUGACAUGGGCGAAUCCCGAAGUCACUGCGUUCAAAAAAGCCGCACCAAAAAAAGUAGAUAUUGUAUGACUACCAACAAAAGUUAUAUGCAAACUCCCCUCCAGUGACAGGAAGGUGUGAGGAGAAAGAGGGAUGGCAAGAUUAUGAAAGGACACGAGGAAGCUUCAAAGUGGAGAAAAGCAGCCGACCUUACCACGUUCCUGACAGGUGUGGACACAGGUGUCUUUCCUGUCUGGCCGUGUCUGCUACCAUGGGCAGUGUGUGUACUCUCCCAGGGGCCGCGCCCACUCCGAGCCUUCUCCCCCUCACGGUGCUCGGGGAGACGAUGGCAGGAAUGGGCAUGCGAGGAGCAGGCCAGAGCCCAGAGUGCCCGAGCCGAGCGCUGUCGGUCAGCACACAGCUGAGAGGAGGCCAAGCCCCGGAGCCUCCACAGCGCCAGAGGAUCACUGCUUUUUCAAGGAUAGUAAUACGCUCCCUCACUCACAUACGCACACACGUAAGCAUAAACAGACUUCCGGAACAAGUUUUAGAAAACACAUGUUUGGGAAGGAACAAAAGAGACAAUUAACUUUUCAUUCGCUGUCUUUGUUCUUCGCACCAUGUGAACAUCCUAACUGAACUCGCUGUAGCUGCCAGGCCCAGCUGUGCUGCGUGGGCUUGCUGGCCUGGCACCUCCCGCCUUCACAGACACGGCGCCCGCCAUUAUCCCUUUACUGGGAUUUCAGAGAAAAGUCCAGCAGCUUAAAACUUGCAAUUUUUAAAUAUAUAUCUUUGCACCAUCUUCCUUUUCAAAUCUCAGUAAUUAUGUUGUUAUACAUGAACUUUCAAUAAACAUUAAUCUGUUCUAAUCCAUUAA